GUGCUGGCGGCAGAACUCUGCGCCAUGAAUCCAGAAGAACAGAUUGUGACGUGGCUUAUUUCACUAGGAGUCUUAAAUUCCCCUAAGAAAAUUGUAGAUGAUCCAGAGGGGUUCCUGAAAACUUCUCUGAAAGAUGGAACCGUGCUUUGCAAACUCAUUAAUCGGCUUCUUCCGGGAUCUGCAGAAAAGUAUUGCCUGGAGCCUAAAAAUGAAGCUGAUUGCAUCAGUAAUAUUCAAGAGUUCUUGAAAGGCUGUGCACUUCUGAAAGUGGAGGUGUUUGAUCCACAUGAUUUGUACACUGGAGAUCAGUUCUCCAAGGUCCUGAGCACAUUAACAGCUGUAAAUAAAGCUACUGAAGAUCAGCUGUCAAAAGGGCCAUGUUCACAUCUGCCCUCUGUUAACUCUGUGGCUGGAGACCCCCCGAGUGACUCCAACGGCACAGCUUCCCAGGCAGCACGGCUGUUCCGGAGGCAGUCCAAGCCUGUGGAGAUGACCGAGAAUGGCAGUCAUCAGCUGGUGGUAAAGGCCAGGUUCAAUUUUAAGCAGACCAAUGAGGAUGAACUCUCUGUUAACAAAGGAGACAUUAUUUAUGUCACCCGAGUUGAAGAAGGGGGCUGGUGGGAAGGCACCUUGAAUGGAAAAACAGGCUGGUUCCCAAGCAACUACGUCAGAGAAAUCAAACCUACCGAUAAACCACUCUCUCCCAAAGCAUUAAAAGGGCUAGAAAACACUCAGCUGACAAAGAAUUAUUACCCUGUGGUGUUGCAAAAUAUUCUGGAAACAGAACGAGAUUAUGCAAAGGAACUACAGUCACUUCUGGGAACUUACUUAAGACCCCUCCAGUCUUAUGAUAAGCUCAGUGCCGGGGACAUCGCGGCAUUGCUGGGAAACAUGGAAGAAAUCUCUGCUUUUCAGCAAACACUCAACCAAGCCUUAGAAGAAGUUGCAAAGCUCCCUGAGAACCAACAGCGUGUGGGAGGAUGUUUCAUGAACCUGAUGGCCCAGUUCCGCUCCCUGUACCUGACGUACUGUGCUAAUCACCCUUCAGCAGUGAAUGUCCUCACACAGCACAGUGAUGAGCUGGAGAAGUUCAUGGAGAGCCAGGGUGCAGCCAGCCCAGGCAUUCUCAUCCUGACCACAAGCCUCAGCAAACCCUUCCUGAGGCUGGAUAAAUAUGUGACACUGCUGCAGGAGCUGGAGCGGCACAUGGAGGAGGCGCAUGCAGAUCAUGAAGAUGUUUUGAAAGCAGUCACAUCCUUCAAGUCCCUUGUGUCACAAUGCCAGGAGCUGAGGAAGAGGAAGCAACUUGAGCUGCAAAUCCUUUCUGAAUCCAUCCAGCGCUGGGAAGGAGAGGACAUAAAAAUGAUGGGAAAUGUCAUCUACAUGUCCCAGGUUAUGGUGCAGUCUGGGGGAAGUGAGGAGAAAGAGGAGCGGUAUUUCUUGUUAUUUUCCAAUGUUUUACUGAUGCUGUCUGCAAGCCCACGGAUGAGUGGGUUCAUCUAUCAGGGAAAGCUGCCUUUGACAGGAAUGACACUAACAAAGCUGGAAGAUGCUGAUGGGAGUGAGCACAUGUUUGAAAUCACAGGGAAUAUGAUGGAGCGGAUCACUGUGUCCUGUAGCACCAGCCAGGACUUGCAUGAAUGGCUUGACCACUUGCAAAGGCUGACCAAAGGGACAUGCAGCACAGUCUCCAAAACACAGUCCUGGAGCCCACAUUCUACAUUUAGUUCCGCUGGGCAGAUCCGUGGGCCUCUGGAACCCCCCAAAAUCCUCAAGCCCUGGAGCUUGAGCUGCCUCCGUCCUGCUCCUCCACUCAGACCAUCAGCAGCACUGAGUUACAAAGAGAGGAUGUCUUAUAUCUUAAAGGAUUCCAGCAAAAGUCCAAAAACAAUGAAGAAGUUUCUUCCAAAAAGGAAAACUGAGAGAAAACCAUCUGAUGAAGAGUUUGUUAUUCGGAAAAGUACUGCUGCACUGGAGGAGGAUGCUCAGAUCCUGAAGGUGAUUGAAGCAUACUGUACUGGGGCAGGCUUCCAGCAAGCUCUCAGCUCAGGCUCUCGUAAAGACUCCAUCCCCCAAGUCCUUCUUCCUGAGGAAGAGAAAAUCAUCAUAGAGGAAACACGAAGCAAUGGCCAGACAGUCACGGAGGAAAAAAGCCUUGUUGACACAGUUUAUGCACUGAAAGAUGAAGUCAAAGAGCUGAAGCAGGAAAACAAAAGGAUGAAACAGUGUUUGGAGGAAGAGCUUAAAUCCAGGAAGGACUUGGAAAAGCUGGUGAGAAGGCUGCUGAAGCAGACAGAUGAGUGUGGCAGGGAGGACACAGGGCGUAAAUCAUCCCUGAUCGCCUGAAUUCAUGGAGAAGCUGCUGGCAGUGGUGUGUGACCUCAGGUGUAUUUUUGGGAAGUGGAACUGAAUCCUUUGCCUCUUCUUGCUCCUUGUUUUGUUGGUUUGGGGUAUUUUGUUACCAAAAAAAAAAAAAAAAAGGAGGAAAAAAAAAAGAUUUAAAAAAAUUAAUAGAAAAAAAUUGGUUUUCUUCCAUCCAGUAAGGAAAUAAAGCAGAAACAAUCAAUCACAACUGAACCAGUAAGCAAGCGGUCCAUGAUUCACAAUUCAUCUGCAGCAACUAAUACCUCAUUGUACCUGCUACUGGGAGCAAAUACAAACUGCUAGUGAUUGUUGCUCAAAAAAGCUUGGGCAGCAGUUUCCUAGAAGAAGCUUGAGCACUUUUUAAUGCUUUCAUUCUUUCCAAAAGCACCAGUACCUAUUUAUUGAAUGAAAACAUUACUGAGGUGGCAUUGAGCGGAAACCAAAAAAGCACCAUGCUUCUCUUUUCAGAUAAUCACAACUGGGGAAGCUUUUCCCAUCCAUCAUCUUUUUCCCCAUUAGUUGACUGUAGCAAACUAGAGCCCAGCAAUACUGUGGUUCCUGUGGCCUUGAUACUGAUUAAAAUGUGCAAUUAACAUGAAGACGUUUAAACUCCUUGGGGAAACCAGAUCUGGAGCACCUGUCAGAACACAUAGGAAGGUAUUUUGCACAGUGCUGCCUCCUUACAGCUUCUGAUUAGCACAACAGGUAACUGCUGUUCUGCCCCCCAUCCCUUUUUAUGCAUGAUGUAGAAUUCCUACUCCCUGCUUUGUUUUCACAUCGAGUGUCCAGGUAUUCUAGGAGAUUAUAAUUUUGCUGUGCUUCCUCUUGCAGGACAUACUUUUCUUUGUGUGAAAUGUAAACACUGUUUGACAACAAAAAACAACUCCAAAUGUGCUGGUCCCCUACUCCCUUCUGCCCACUUUAUGCUCUCCAUCACUUCUUCCCAAGGAUUGGGAAUGUAGCCAGCAGCUACUUGUGCCCACACAACCCCACAAGGGUUUUCUACUAGGGAAAAGGAACUUUCUUUUGAGAUAGGGAAGGUAUUUAUGCUUUGAGAAGAGCUGGAAUGCUCCUGCAGCAAGGAUGUGCAACACCCUCACAGAUCCCUGCACAGCUCCUCUAACACAGCGCACAGGCAACAUGCAUAUGUAUCAGCUCUCCUAUAUUUGUGUUAUAGUUUAGAACCGAUGUUUUCAUUCCUUCCUUCCUUCCUUAACAGCGUUAUAAAAAUAGCCUUCUGUUAAUGAUGUCUUAUUUAUCUCACAGGGCAGCAUGGUCCCAGGGUGUGCAGAGGCACCACAGCUCAUUACAGUCACACCAUUAUGUUGGUUGUGAAGGACAUAACAGAGGCAAUAAUUACAGCUCUCUCCUUGCCAUUAAAAUUGAGCCAGGACAUUGCAAAUUGUGUUUUGGGAGAUGUAGGCUCCAAAACAUCUCGAAAAGUGUAAUACAAAACCCUCUUUAAGCUAUUUCUAGGGCAAAACAGACGUCUGGCUACAUUUGCCAUCCCCCGAGCAUCCUAGCCGGAUGGCAGCUCCCCACAUCCCUCCCCAGCCACACAGUUGAGUGGUUCAGUCAGCAGUCAAGCUCUGCUGUACUUGUGAAUCGUUUUCCAGGAGCAGGACCUUUGCUGCACUUACUGCUGCUUGGGGAGGCCAUGCCCAGACCCUUUGGGUACUGCCUGGCCCAAGCUGGGAUGGGGACUAGGCUGCUGCCAUGCAGAACAAACCAAGGGCCACUAACACUCCAGGGAGAGGGUGGAAAUGUGUCCUCACUGCCCCUAGGCUCAGUUGAAACCCGUGUUAUGUACAUAUGCAUGUUUGUGAAACGUAAUAUGAUGGAGGGCACACUGGGACUUUUUAGAUCAAGCAUUUGUCAAGAGCUAGAAGCCAAAAAAAGACAAGAAAAUAAAAUAAAAAGGAAAAGAAGCCAUGCCAGAUGGACAGCAAUGUUUCCAUAUUUACUUUGUUUACAGUGCUUUGUAAAUAGGUUCCAGUGAGUCUAUCUUUAGAUGGAUGUUGUGUCAGCUGCCUUCCAGUGUAUCUUUGUCAUGUAGGUUUAUUUACUGUAAACUACUUAUGCAAGUUCAACUUUUCUAACAUGUUUUUAUUUUGAACAGUUUUUUAAUUGACAUUUUCAACAAAUAAAGAAGGAUAAAAGUC